AUCAUUUCAAACAAUAAGAAUAUUUUAUUCUUAAAAAAUAAAAAAUAAUAAUAAUAAUAAAAAUAAAGUUGUUGUAUACCAUUUUAACCCAUGUUGCCCAGAUGAAUAUGUACAUAUAUCCAAGAGAGAUUUCUAUACAAAUAACAAUCCACUCAUGUAAAACAUCAGCAACAAGAAAUACAAAUUGGUUGGUAGAAUAGGCCUACUAUAUAUUAAAAGACCAGGAAAAUAGCUUGUUUAAAACCUCAAAAGAUGCAUCAUCAACUACUGCAUAAUUGCAUAAUCCCAAGCAGAAUUCACAUUCAACAACUAAAUGACAGAAUUACAGAUUCAUUUUAAUUAAAUGUAGCUUACAAAUUCAAAUAUGAAUUUCCAAAGAAACUUACAUUAGUUCAUUAGGUUUAAAUGUCUUAAAGAUGCCCACAGCUGUAUCUACAAAUAAAUAUUUCAAAAUUAUUUAACAGAAUUUUCAUAAUUGAAAUCUUUUAAGAAGAAAAAUUUAUUUUGAAUAAACGAAGAAAAAUAGAUAUUUAUGUGAGAAAUUAGUAAACAACUUCUUGCUUAGAAGAUAUAGUAACUGGUUACUUUUGCAGCUUUUCCUGAUCUUUCACAAUUCAUUACUAUUAAUAUACGUCCCAGAUACAUUCCUCCCUUAAUUUUUAAAUCAACUUACAAGGACCAGUCUUAUUCUGAAUUAUAUUAGUAUUAUUAAAAAAAAGACUAAACCCUAUGUUAAAAAUUCACUGUUUAAUUUAUAAACAUCUUUAUACUUCAGUACCACAGAUUAAGAACUUUUGGUAUCAUAAAAAAAGAACUAUAUGAAAACUAGAAUUUUUCAUCAAAUAUUGUAUGCGAAGUCCAGGGAAUUAGACAAGAAUAUUAAAAAAUUGCAUUAUAUAUUUGAGCUUGAGAGGAAACUUAACGAAAGUGACACAUUUUCAUCCCAUUUUCCUGACAUUCUAUUUACUUCAGAUAUAAUACUGACCAACAUUUUAUUUGCAAGUUUGGGUUUAAAAAUUUUGAAACAAAAAAGAAGCACUCAGGGCAUAACAGAUUUAAAAUAAAUUUUGUUCUAAUAAAAAUGAAACAUCGGUUAGACAAAAGAUCAUAAUCAGUGGUACUUUCAAAGAUACACUAAACAGUUUUGAUAUUCCAUAAUUUUCUUUGCAUUUACCUCUACACACACCUACAGCUGGUGGGAAAACAUUAAUUCAACUAACAAAAGACGUAUACUUAAAAUAAACUUCAAGAGGAAAACUGUAACAAAUUAAUUGCUCCAAAGAUACUCAUAUUUCAUGUCAAUGAGCACUACUUAAGAAUACAGAAAAAGUAGUAACUCCUUCAUAGAAAUGUAUUUCAUGUUCCCUCUUCAACAGUUGUCCUAAUACUCUCAUAAAAUGCUUUUCCUCUCAGUUUGAUAUUUACAAAACUAUUGUCCAUUUGGGAUGUAAUCUUUUACUUCAAAGAAUUUAAAUAUGCAAAGCUCAGAAGAUAUAUGCAAAUAAAUUUCAAGGAGUACAUAUGACCAAAAUAAACUUUAACAAUAAUCUUCACAUACCUAAUUAUAUACAUUCAAAAUUUUGAGUUCAAACAGACUUUAUGAUUAUGUUACUGUAUACUCAAUAUACAUUGUAGGAAAGCCAUAAAUAGAGUUUCGCAAGUUAAUUAUUUACUGACUAUUCCAAAAAAUAGUACAUAUUGACAAAACAAUAGCAGAUUUUCACAAAAUUAUUUAGAAAUACAUAAAUUAUCAGACAUGAAUAGCUGACAGAAUGGUUUCACAAACUUUCUAUUACAUUUAAUUCACAUUUCAUCUCUAAAUUACAACUUUUUUCAAAGCAAUAAUAACACGAAAACAACAUUAGAAACCAAACCAUUAAAAAAAAAAUCUUUUAAGAAUACUACAACCUAAUAUUUAAGUGUUUCAUAUUAAUUUUAUGCAAUUUAUUGUGCUUAUUGGAUUGUCAAAGAAAAACCUGUACAAUAUUUCAAUUGCUUUUAUGAAUAAUUUACAACUUUCCUGCAACAUUAAUUGUUCCUCAGCAAAAUCAGCAGUGAUCCAUGUCAUGAUCAAAAAGUUACUUGUAGUAUGUGUUUCUAUUACAAUUUCUUUGCUCAAAAGCAACUUCUGAUACAUCAAAGAAAGCAUUAACACAUUGGCACCAAGCAGACUCAAUUGAAUAGAGGCAAAUGGUAGAAAUCAUAUCCCCUUUUGCCUUUCACUGCCCAGUAGAUGUAUACAACAUGAUACGCACCAGGAAUGAAACAGAUGAAACCAGCCAGGAAAAAAACAAACCCCUGAAUGCCACUCUCCGGCAUACAUACAACCACAACCCCAGUCACCAGAAGUCCAAUUCCCACUAUAAGCAGGACAACAGCUGCUAACACCAUUUUCCAAUUUUCUCUAAUUUUUGGGUGCCUCCAACAAGACUGUGAUGGAUCAAACAUUCCAUUGUAAUAAUUUCCAUCCUGGAUGAGAGAAUCACUAUCACGGGAUAUUGUGUCGUCCAUACUCUUGAAUCGAGGGGCAGUACUAGUUAUAGUUCGUGUACUCCUACUUGGAUCUUCAAUCCUCACAAUGAUGCUAUCUUCUGAUAUGACAUUACGAUUUUUCGGUUUCAGAGGCGAUCUCUCUGUGGUGGAACCAUAAACUCUUAUAGCUUCGUCAUUUUCUUCUUCAAACGCAUCGUCGAUUGAAAAUCUUUUGUCAUUAUUACUGCCAAAAACACUCGCCAUAUUGCAGUGAUGCACAUUAACACCUUAGCACUGACAUUUGCUCGAACAGUCCUAUCUGAUCACGACCAUCUAGUAAAUAGACCAAACUAAAAACUCAGAAGCAAUUUGUCAAAUGCUCUUCAAUCCGCCAAAUUCCAAUAUAACCUAUCUCUGUCAAAUAUCUUGUGGAGUCGUCAUUACAUCUUCAUGGUCAAAUCGAACAUCAUCGAUACUGACUCGAAUCUCUGACAUCGAAAUUCCGACAUCGAUUGUAUCGAACUGCAUCAUCUGGUUUAGAGACAAACCGUCAACAUUUUGUGGAUUAAGUUGAUUUAUAAAAAUUGUGUUCAAUGUGUUUCGUACAAUGCAGUUGGCAUAUAAACAUUUUCAUUGAUUUUUUUAAUUAAAGUCAAGUGAUGUCAGUGAACGUAUGUCUGUGUAUAUUCAGAAUCGAAAUAUGCGAUGAAUAUAUGAACUCGGAAAGUGAAAAUUGCUCAGGUAAUUUCCUUUGUCUUUCUGGAGAGAAAGUGGUCGACAAAGACUCAAGAAAGCACCAUCGUUUACUACUUAUGUGUGUUGUCAAUUAAUUUGCGUGUCGAAGCACACUGUGGAGCAAUGGCUGCAGAAAAUGAUAAAGCUCGUAUAAUGCGAGGAAGAAGAGAAAUGCGUGAUAUUACAAUUGAGACCUACACAAAUGGCAAAGAGGGAACCAGCAAACUGCUUCCAAUUUCUAAAAACAAGGAUGGAAAUUCAGCCUCCACAAAACCAAAAGAAAGUGAGAGCAAAAUACGUCGCUCCUGUGAGCCAGAAUGUGCAGAAGGUAGCUACAAGUCAAGAGAUCAGAUUUCAUUUAUCUCCGGAAAUCCUUUUGUAGAAGUAACCAAGGGAAUUCUUCAUUUAUUUAAAGAAGAUGAACACACAUCAAUGGAACGGGCAUCACAUAGAAGUCAAACAGUGUGUCUCCUAGCAGUGCCAGCAACAAUGACUUGCCAUGAUCUCCUUACAUUUACAGCUGCUUGUCAUGCAGAUAUACAGCAUCUGCGAAUUGUGCGGGAUGGUGUUCCUAAUCAAUAUAUGGCGCUCAUAACAUUCCGAACUCAGCAAGCUGCAGCAGAGUUUUAUUCAACAUUCAAUGGUGCCCCUUACAAUUCUUUGGAACCUGAUUGCUGUUGCCACCUUGUGUUUGUGUCCCGAGUGGAGGUUGUAAGAGAAGAUGGGGCUAUUCCUCCUGCUGGCCACACAGAGCUGCCCACUUGCCCUGUGUGUUUGGAGCGCAUGGAUGAAAGUGUGGAUGGGGUGCUUACCAUUUUGUGCAAUCACACUUUCCAUAGUGCCUGCUUGGCUAAAUGGGGGGACACAAGUUGUCCUGUUUGCCGUUACGUGCAAACACCAGAACUGGUUGCUGAUAAUCGCUGCCUUGAGUGCCACUCUGCCGAUUCUCUGUGGAUAUGCCUCAUAUGUGGACAUGUGGGAUGUGGACGCUAUGUUCAAGGACAUGCCUUUCAACAUUAUUUAUCAACACAGCAUUGCUACUCUAUGCAGCUAGGCAACAAUCGUGUCUGGGAUUAUGUUGGAGAUAAUUUUGUCCAUCGCUUACUGCAGAAUAAAGGUGAUGGAAAAUUAGUGGAAGGUAGUGCUCCUAGUAAAGAGCCGCAGUCAGAGGACAAACUUGAUGCAGUUCAAUUGGAAUUCACUUAUCUUCUCACAUCUCAGUUAGACUCUCAACGCCUGUACUUUGAAGAAAUGCUCAGCAGGAUGGAACAGCAACUCACAUUAGAGACAGCAGAUCUGAAAGAAGAAGCUAAGAAAUUGACCCAGGAGAAUGAACAACUUGGAGCAAAAAUUGUUCAGCUAACCAAAGAGAAACAAGCUACUGAUAAAAAGUUGCAGCAAGUGACUGGGCGAUUAGCAGCAUCGCAAGCUGAACUUCAAGAAGAACGUCAAAUGAGUCGAGCAUUGCGUCAGAAUCAGACUGAAUGGCAAGCAAAAUUCUCUAAUCUGGAAAAACAAUUUUCUGAAUAUCGGGCAUCAAAAGACAAGGAACUCGCUGAUGUCAAAGAACAGCUACAAGACGUAAUGUUCUUUUUGGAGGCUCAGAAGCAAAUUGAAGCAUCGGCAGACCGUGAUGAGAUUGCUGAAGGACGUAUUGUUAUAGCUGAAGCACCACAGCAAAACGCUAAGCCAGGAAGAGGUGGUCGAAGAAGGAAGAACCGUUAACCCAUUGAGCAGAAGACAGAAGAUUGAUAAAAUACUUUGUGAUUUGCUUUUAUGAGGUCUGUUCAAUGUUUGUAUCAGAAAGUCACAAGUAUGGAAACAAUUUUCUUCAUUUCAGAAACCAUACAACUGAAAAGUUGACUUCUCUUCUCUAGGAUUUCUUUUAUGCAACUGGAUGUAACAGCUUUUAGUGAAAGCAAUGAAACCUUAUGAACGUGCACUAUGUGACAUCCAUCAGCUUUAUUGUAUAUUAUUUUUUUAGUUUGACAUGAAAAUAAAGGAAGUGGACUUGCCAAACAAUCAUAACAACUCUUUGUGAAGUUAUACAGUUAAGAAUGUGAUCUUACUUGUAAAAAAAAGUCAUUGUAAAUUGCAAAUAUCAAUAUAUAAGUUUAAAAUGUUAAGUACUUAAUUGUAGGCCUGCAUUACUGAAAAGGAUUAUUUGUGAUCAAAGAAGUGAAAUGUUCAAUAUAUUAUAGUUGCAAAUGUUGCUACUGUUGUGCCUAGGAUAUUUCAAGUGUUGUGCAAAAUAAAUUUAUUUGUUCUUCUUUUGUAUAAUUAUACUAUGAAUGUAAAUAAAUGUAAAACUAAUAUUAUUCAAAUGGAUCUUACUUAAUGGAUUUGAACACAACUCAAAAAAAUGCUUUUUAAACUGAAGAAUGCUUUAGAUGUUUUAUUGCUCAAGACAUUUGAAAUGCUAAAAAGAGCUUUGAUAUGAUCAAGGCAUCAAACGUAUAUUAUGGUGGUAUUUUGUCUGCAAUUAUGUAAUGUAAUGGUGUUAAAAAACAGUCACAUUGUUCCUUAGGAUAAAUUUAUUACAUAUUUAUUCAUAUUUUGUAAUUUCCUAUUGAAUAAUUUUGGGUUUGGGAAUAAAUAUGUUGUAAAUUCAUCAAAAUGAACAUUAUCUGUUAUUUAAUUAUUUAUAUAAUUCAAGCACUAAUUCAGUUAAUAGAAUUGUUCUGUUCAGAUUUAUAAUUAAAUCGAUGAGUUGAAAGGCACCAAGUCCUAAUUUUGAAAUUAUUGGUAAAGUAUAAAAAAUUAUAUUUGGCCUUAUUGUUUAAGAAAUUUCUUAUUUUCAAUUUUUCUAUUACUUCUCUGUUAGGUUCUAAUUUUCUCUCUUUAAAAAGAUAUCCAAUUGCACGUGUAUACUUUUUUUUUUUUUUUUUUGUUUCCUUU